AUGGAUACCGUGGGGAACGAUGACUAUGACAAAGUGGUAAAUGAUCAACGUCUGCACGAGACAAGAAGUACUCCAGUCGAUCUUGCAUGUAGUGAAGAGGAGGCUUCGCUUGAUAAACGAGUGCUACAGACUCUUUUUGACUUGAGCACACACCGCACACUAGCUGUAACGUAUCUGUUAGAACCGCCGAUCACGAAGCUGGACUUCGUUGCAUCCAGUCGCAGUUCUACGGGGCAGGAGCGUCUCUAA